GUUUCUUUAUAAAUAUCAAGCCUAUUAAUAAAUUAACGAUGACAGAUGCGGCGUUUCUCGUGACGAAUCGUUCCUUUAAUUUGGAUCAUCGAUCUCUUUGGAGGAGCUUCCGUUCAGUAGGUGGGCGUUUGAUAUUCAUCUCGUACUCUUACUCGCGUCAUUAUACCUUGACUAUACAAACGCUAUCAAGAAUUCCAGGUGUCUCUCGUGCCAGACGUCGAUCGUGUCGAGCAAAUUCGUUUCGAGGUAACGAAGCACAAAGAUCGCGCGAGUCGAUGAUGAUGGGAAGCUACGAGGUGUUCCCGCACAAUUCAGCUAUAUUUACGUUAGAAGAACACGAGUUUUUAAGUCUCGAUUAAAAUUUCAAUUCAAGCGUUUCAAAUUUUCUGUGACAAGUGUCAAAGUGAUAUAAGUGAUUAUUUCUACGAAUUUUUUAUUUUCUCAAUCAUACGCGCACCGGGUACACAAAGAAAUCGGUUUCGUCAUUGCUUGAAUCCACUGAAUUCCUGAUAAACGAUGUUAAGGUUGUUGACAUCUGUUUUGUUCCUGUCCUUCGUGCAAUGUAUUCUUCCUCCUUCCAUACUAGAGACUGUAUACCAAUUUUUCACCGAAAUCCCAACCGUGGACAAUGACUUUGUCACCGAUGAAAUAUCUAUGUCCAAGGAAUACGAUUUCAUCGUAAUUGGAGCUGGUUCUGCCGGAUCAGUAGUGACAAAUCGUCUGACAGAAAAUUCUAAUUGGAAUGUACUGUUGCUAGAGGAGGGCAAGGAUGAGAUCUUUGUUACAGAUAUACCAUUGCUAGCUUCAGUUUUGCACAUCACGGACUAUGUUCGAUUGCAUAAAAGCGAACCAAGACCCCGAAACGCCGAUGGGUCUGGCGGUUACUGUUUAUCGAUGAACGAGGGUCGUUGCAAUUUGCCAGGAGGAAGAGCCGUUGGUGGUAGCUCGGUGGUGAAUUUCAUGAUAUAUUCGAGAGGAUCGCCCGCGGAUUAUGACGCUUGGGCUGCACAAGGUAAUCCAGGAUGGAGUUAUCAGGAUGUGCUACCGUAUUUUAUCAAAUCGGAGAACUGCAAGCUUCUGGAUCAAGAUAUUAGAUACCAUGGCCGCGGAGGAUAUCUUGACGUGACGUCUCCGUCGUACGUUUCUCCUCUAAGAGAAUGUUUUCUCCAAGCUGGCGAAGAACUAGGAUAUGAUGUAAUUGAUUACAACAGCGACAGCCUUAUUGGCUUCUCUACGGUUCAGGUUCAUCUACGAAACGGACACAGGGUCAGUGCUAACAAAGCGUUCUUAAGACCUAUUCGACUCAGGAAGAACUUGCAUCUUUCCAAAUUAUCAAAAGUAACGAAGAUCAUCGUCGAUCCAAAGACAAAAACAGCCGUGGGUGUAGAAUUCAUUAAGAAUGGCAAAGCACUGUUUAUCUCUGCCAAGAAGGAAGUAAUACUUUCAGCAGGUACCCUGAACUCGCCACAGUUGUUGAUGCUCUCGGGAAUAGGGCCGAAAAGUCAUCUCGAGUCUUUAGGUAUCCAGGUAAUCGAGGAUCUACCGGUUGGAUAUAAUCUUCAAGAUCACGUCAGCAUGUCGGCACUGACUUUUCUCGUAAACGAGAGCGUGACCAUAGUCGAACCUCGGCUAGUUUCGAAUUUAGCCAACACCGUUGACUAUUUCGUUAAAGGGACCGGGCCAUUGACGUUGCCUGGCGGAGCCGAGUGUCUCGCCUUUAUCGAUACGAAACAGGAUUAUACAAAGAAUCUAGUCAAGAAGUUGCAAGUUAAUACUAGCAAUUUUCACAGUAAAACGCGCUCAAAGAGAUACAACGACAGUAGAGUCUCUUUGCCUCCGAAUAUAACUUCCAUCAAUGUAAAUUCAGAUUACUUGAAAGAUUAUCCACGCUUGACUUCGCGGGAAAACAAAGGGACAGAUGUUCCCGACAUUGAACUGGUUUUAGGUAUAAGCGCUCUAACCGGUGAUAUAUCGGGCAGUUACAGGGGACUUCUCGGUUUAACGGACGAAUUUUACAAAGAAGUGUUCUCCGGUUACGAAGGUUUUGACGCCUUCUCCAUUGUCCCGGUACUCUUACAGCCAAAAAGUAGGGGAAGAGUUACCUUGAAAUCGUGUGAUCCACAUGACCAACCAAUUUUUGACAUAAAUUACUACGAUCACGAAGAUGAUCUCAAAACUAUGGUUCGAGGCAUUAAAAAGGCUAUAAAUGUUGCAUCGACUGAAGCCUUCAAACGUUUCAACGCGACGCUAUUACCAGUCGCGUUCCCAGGAUGCAAACACGUCUUGUUUGGUUCUGAUCUGUACUGGGCUUGCGUCUCGAGGCACGUGAGCACGACCCUAGGUCAUUUCGUAGGAACGUGCAAGAUGGGCCCAAGGAGGAACUCGGGUGUGGUGGAUCAUAGGUUACGAGUGCACGGGAUCAAUGGUCUCAGAAUUGUGGAUGCCAGUGUGAUACCUACUAUAAUAGCAGGUCAUACGAAUGCGCCUGCUUAUAUGAUCGCUGAAAAGGCUGCGGAUAUGAUAAAAGAAGACUGGAAAAUGUCGAAUUCCGCACGCAGAAUGUCGUUUAAUUAAAUAUUGGAAAAUGUGGGGUAUAAAAAAUGAUCGUACAUCAACGCAUGUAUUUUGGUAUAAAUUUACUUUUGUUGCUAUUCGUUCGAGUAUAGUGCUGCUACAGAAGCAACUGUCUGAUCUUUGCGCGAUUGUUUGUGUUAACCCUAGGACGUCGAGGUUGGCUUAAUUCAGAAUUUACAUAUUGUUAUUCUAUCAAACUACGUAUAUGAACGAAUUUAUUUUUUAAGUAACUUUAGUCAUCACAUAGAUGGUUUAUCGCCAUAAAAUAAAAUAUUCGACGUUCGAUAGAAUAAUAUAGCUUCCGCUGGACGAGAGUCAAUACACGUUGAACAGCGAUUAACCUUCUGUGAUAUAAAUAAAUACGAACCGGUUG